AAAUAACUGAAGGGGAUGAUUAUUAAACACUUUUUGCCUUCCAGAUAUGCGUUUGGUUCGGCAAUGAUGAUUGGGGUGGCCCCAGAAUAUCUUGCAAUAUGGCUUGUGUGGCGAGGUGCUUCACUAGUCCUCCCUUCCUGGAUAUACCAGUGGGGUGACGACAAACUUUAUUCUCUCUAUCAGCGGCUAGUUCUCUUUUUCUUUGAGACAUGUACAAAUUUAGAGGUGGUGUUGUAUGGUGAUGCUGUAGAAGCUCUGAAAAAGAGAGAAAGUGUCUUAUAUCUUGCCAACCAUCAAUCAACAGUUGACUGGCUUGUUGCUGACAUGGUCUCUGUCCGAGGUGGAUCCUUAGGACAUCUGCGCUAUGUGAUGAAAAACACGCUACAACUGAUCCCACUCUACGGGCACUACUUCUACACACACGGUUGUAUUUAUGUGAGACGUGGGAAAUUCAAUCAGGGAAAAAUGGUUGAAGCCCUGGACUACAAACACCGAAGAUUCCUGUUAACUUGGUUGGUGAUCUUCCCAGAGGGUACGCGCUACUAUCCAGGGAACCAUCUGUCAUCAGGAAGUCAGAGGAGUACGCAAGGGACCACAAUCUUCCGGUAUUCUUAUUGUGUGGAAGUUGAUGAUUAG